AUGUUCCUUGAAAAAAUUAAAAAAUUUCGACUUGCGGACAAAACUUGCGGAUUUUUUUUGCGGACAAAUUUUUUUUAUAAUUUUCAGAUUUUGGUAGCAACAAAUGGUAUAGCUGCAGUCAAAUGUAUUCUUUCUAUGAGAAAAUUGUUGAUGCAACUUUUCCGGAAUGACAGAAUUAUUCGAUUCGUGUGUCUAACUACUGAACAGGAAAUCCAGUCAAAAGCAGAAUAUCUAAAAAUGGCCGAUUAUCUCGUUUUCUCCCCAGCCGGAGCAAAUACAAAUAAUUAUGCAAAUGUUGAUGAAAUUGUUGAGCACGCAACUCGAAACAAUGUCGACGCAGUCUGGGCAGGUUGGGGACAUGCUAGCGAAAAUCCUCGUUUACCCGAAGAAUUGAGCAAAAGAAAUAUUGUUUUUAUUGGCCCUCCGAGUAAGGCAAUGUUUGCUUUGGGGGAUAAAAUUGCUAGCACGAUUAUAGCUCAGACAGUAAAAAUUCCAACAAUAGAAUGGUCAGGAAGUGGAUUAGUAGUUGAAUCAACUGAAGAAGAAGACGGAAGAAAAGAAGGAGGGGGAGGGGGAAGAGAAGGCGGGGGAGGGGGAAGCGAAUUAGAAAUCUCCAAAGAAUUGUAUUUAAAAGCUUGUGUCUCCACAGUUGAAGAAGGCUUGGCCUCAAUGAAAGAAAAAAAUAUUAGUUACCCAGUAAUGAUAAAAGCAUCUGAGGGAGGUGGAGGAAAGGGAAUUAGAAAGUGUAUUAGUGAUGAAGAAUUUCGUUUAAAUUUUAGAAGAGUUCAAGCUGAAGUGCCGGGAAGUCCUAUUUUUUUGAUGAAAUGUAUGGUCAAUGCAAGACAUAUAGAAGUUCAAUUAAUUGGGGACCAUUACGGCCAAGUAAUUCCAAUAUUUACCCGUGAUUGUUCAAUACAAAGGCGUUGUCAAAAAAUAAUAGAGGAAGCCCCAGCAGGUAUUGCCUCCCCAGAAAUUCAACGGCAAAUGCAAAUGGAUGCGGUCAAUUUGGCUAAAAAAGUUGGUUAUGUUAGUGCUGGGACUGUUGAGUACAUGUAUCUACCAUCAGAACAAAAAUAUUAUUUUUUGGAAUUAAAUCCACGUUUACAAGUAGAACAUCCAUGUACUGAAAUGGUUGCAAAUAUAAACAUUCCAGCUAUACAACUUCAAAUUGCUAUGGGUAUACCUUUACAUAGAAUAACUGAAAUUCGUCUUUUUUAUGGAAUGGAUAGAUAUGGAAAUUCCCCUUUUCCCCAAAACCAAUGCCGUACAGACACAAACAUUCACGUUAUUGCUGCACGCAUAACAAGUGAAGAUCCAGCUGAAGGUUUUCGUCCAGCUAGUGGAUCUGUUGAAGUUUUAAAUUUUCAAUCGAAUCAAAAUGUUUGGGGCUAUUUUUCUGUUUCCAGUACUGGAAAGGUUCACGAAUUUGCUGAUUCACAAUUUGGACAUUUGUUUGCUAAAGGAACUACGAGAUACGAAGCCAUUUCCGCUCUAUUAUGUGCCUUAAAAGAAUUAGAAUUGCGGGCCACUUUUACUUCCCAAGUAAAUUAUUUGGUUGGAUUAUUACACGAUAAAGAAUUUGAAAAUAAUGAAUUUCAUACGGGUUGGUUAGAUGCUAGAAUUGCUGCUAGGGUACAAUCUGCACCUGAAUUGCCUGUACAUGUUACUGUGGCUAUUGGGGCUACUUUAGUUGGUUAUACCCGUAUAUCAGAAGUAUUUUCAAAAUUUCAAAGUGCUUUAGAACGUGGACAAAUAUUACCCAAAUCUGGAUUAACAGAAACAUGGGAAUUAGAAUUAGUUCAUUCAAACAUAAAAUACAGCGUUAUGGUUAAUAAAUUUGGGCCAAUAAAUUAUUUGGUUCGUCUAAAUGAUUCGGUUGUAACUACAAUUGUUAGAGAAUUGGGGAAUGGAACUUUAAUUAUUAUUUAUUCACAUCAAGCUUAUACUUGCCAUUUGGAGGAGGAGUCUGAACGUUUCAAAGUCGUUAUUGGAAGAACAUUAACAAUAUUCGAAAAAGAAAAUGAUCCAUCAAUGUUACGUUCAAAAAAUGCUGGACGUUUUAUGCAAUAUUUAAAAAGGGAGGGGGAUUAUGUUUCUGUUGGGGAAGUUUAUGCAGAAAUGGAAUCAAUGAAAAUGGUUAUAAAUUUGGAAGUGUCUAAAGCUGGUGGAAGGCUUAUACAGGUAUAG